CGCCGACUUCAGGAACUCUCAACGACAUCGACCUCUACCUGAGCUGGCUCAGCCACCGCCACAUCAACAACUGGCCCAGAAACGCCGCCGACACCGAACACAACAAGGUGGCCACAAAGUUCACGGACACGACCAUGAGUGCUCUUGCAGUGGCUACUCCACACCCCAAGGGGGAGAGAACCAGUGCCAAAACCCCCUCAAGACCAACUAAGGUCCAACAGAUUUGUAUUCAUGAGGGGCAGAGAAACUUGCAGCUGUUCUUCAAAAACUUGUUUCAUGGUGCUGUUUCAAAACUUACUGCCGGUAGUUUAUUUUGUUCAUUAACAAAGUUUUGUGGCCUGGAGUUAGUUUUUGUCCAUGCAUUAACACACUUUGUUGAUGACAAUUCUAUUUUUAGCCAGAAGCAGUUCUCCUCCCAAAGUGGAAGGGUUUUAGUUUUUUUCUUUUAUAAUAUUUGUUUUUGCCACAACUCUCUUGAGUCUCUCCAAAUCUCACAACUCAAAUUCCUCUGUCUUCUUGGGUAAUCGGAUGUUUUAUCUUUUUCUUCAAGAACCAGUGACACGUUCAUUGGUAACUGAUAAAUUUCUCAAUACAUUUUCUUGAGUGGCAAUGAUCUCGAAUUUGAGAGAAAGUAUGGAGAGAAACGAAUUAAGAGAAGGCCCUAUAGCUAUUGCAGUGGACAAAGAUAAAACAAGCUGUCAAGCUCUUAAAUGGGCAGUGGAACAAUAUAUACCACGAGACAGAACAAUAAAACUUGUUCAUGUCGUCCAAAGAUCUACAGUGAAUGCAAAUGGACAUUCUACAGAUGAUGAAUUGUCUGGCAAGCAACAAAAUGAUAAAGGAAGUCGUCAGUUUUUACCAAUGCGUUGUCUUUGCAUGAGACGAAAUAUACAAAGCGAAGUAGUUAUGCUUGAAGAUCAAGACGUAGCGAAAGCGUUGAUUGAAUAUAUUAACCAGAGCUUUAUUUCUACAUUCUUGCUAGGUGCCUCGUUAAAGAAGAGUAUUACAAGGCUUUUUAAAGUAGAUGACAUACCAAGUAAUGUGAUGAGAUGGGCUCCAGACUUCUGCACUGUCUUAGUCAUAUCAAAGGGAAGACUAUCAAGUGUACGUCCAGCCACUAGGCAUUUACCUCAAGGCUUGCCUUCUCCUUCUUCAGGGACUGCACCUUCGUCACCACUCAGCAACACUGAUGAGGCUCCCUCUGAGAUGUCAUUGUCAAGAGAGGACGAUGUUUUCUUUGAGGAGUUCUCAUCCCUUGGCACAGAUUCUUCUACUGUGAACAUUAGUGACAGGAUCAGUACAGAUAGUUCGGUUCUCUCCUUCUAUGAUAAACUUGGGACUCCAAACAUGUUGGAGAUUCCUAGAUGUCUGGAUGAUGAUGAUAAAUCCAAUCUUUCGAUAUACCUUAAUAGUCCUUCUGAUAUAAAGCUGAUGGACGAAGCAGAAGCUGAGAAGAGAAGGCUGAGGAAAGAGCUGAAGGAGACAAUGAACAUGUACCAUGCAGCCUGCAGAGAAGCCCUCAUGGCAAAAGAGAAAGUAGCAGAGUUAGAGAUAUGGAAAAAGAAAGCAGGGAAAAGGCUUCAAAUGGCUGAGGAAACAGCAAAAAUGGCCAUCAUGAAGAUGGAGAAGAGAGAACUGGAGGUAAAGCCAAGAGUGGAGGCAGAGAUGAAGGUUAGAGGGAGUAAUGACAGAAAGGUGGUUCUGGAUUCUCCUGGAGAGUCUCAUAUGGUGGUAAAAUAUGAGAGCUUGCUCCAAAUUGUAGUUGUACUUUUCUUGUUCUACUUUUAUUUCACACUCAGACAAUCCUCUUUCUUGCGAUUGGAGUUGGGAGAUAAGUAACAAUGUCAUCUGCUUCAGGACAAGUUGCUCAUUCAUUAUUCUCUUGUAUAGAUCAAUCUUAUUAUAUUUGUUCACUUUUCACAAUGCAAAAUCACAAUGCUUGUUGAUUGUUGUUCCCUUUUUUUGAAACUACUCUUAAAUUCAAGUGUUCACACCU